AUGUAUGCCAAAAGGCUAUGCUAUGGAUACGAGGAUAUGCUACAGAAUGAGUUCAAAGUGCUUCAACAAAUAUCCAUGAGACAUCCCAAUAUUCUAACAUUAAUAGAUUACUUUGAAACAGAGGACUACAUCUACUACGUUACUGAUUUGGCAAAGGGUGGAGAGUUAUUCCACCGAAUCAUAGACAACGGUAGUCUUGAAGAGUCCAGUGCUAGGCAAAUUACUGCGGGUAUACUCAAGGUCAUUGCGUAUCUCCAUGAUCGCUCGAUUGUUCAUAGGGACUUGAAGGCUGAGAACAUACUAUUCCAAUCCAAAAACCCUAGUAAAAACCAAAUUCUAUUGGCUGAUUUCGGACUAGCUACCAUCGUGGACAAUGGACCCAACCUUUUGGAGGUAUGUGGUACCUUGAGUUAUAUAAGUCCAGAGAUAUUGAACCGUCAACCAGAUGGUUACGGCUUGCCGAUAGAUAUAUGGGCAAUUGGUGUUAUAGUUUACUUUAUGUUAUGUGGAUAUAUGCCCUUUGACUGCGAGACAGAUGAAGAGACGAAAACCGCUAUAACAUCGUGUGACUAUCUGUUUGAGCCUCCUGAAUACUGGAAUCACAUAAGUGUUGACGCCAAAGACUUUAUAAGACAAUGCUUCAUACUUGACCCUAAGUUAAGACCAACUGCCAGAGAUUUAUUGGAACAUCCCUUUGUAACCGGGAAACUUGGCAAGCCCUCUAAAGCACCAGAACCAGUGGUACAAUUGCUAUCCCCUCCAAACAGUGGAUCAAGUACCAUGAUGAUACCCUCUCGUUCAAGUGAGUGUAAUGAUCAUGAAAAGCUCAAGGAAGCUUUAACCAAUAUACUACAACCGAAUCAUAACUCAGCAUUUAUGAGAGUCCCUUUACAGCAGGGGGAUCACAUUCAUCAUUCAUCAAGCGGAGCUAAUUUAAGCAGACUUGCGUCAGCGACUAAUUUACUAAAAGGGACAUCUCGAGAGUCUAGCACUUCACAACUAAAUCAAAUGCGCUCACUGGCUAAUAUUGCUACGUAUUUGGAACUGUCUAGACGUGCAUCACUUCGUGAAGAAGCAAAUCUGAGAGGAGGCUUUUGUAGUCCUCCCGAAUUGGUUUCUAGAUUUACCACACCUAUCAAUUCUACUUUUAAUUCACGGGAAAACUCAUACGAGUCUAUGAGUUUCGGAAAAUUAGCACCAUUAUCAUUGACUCCACCGGAGCAAUCCAAACCUACAUUCUUUGUAUAA